CAAUUUCUCAAUCCAACCUAAAACACAAAGAAACUCAUAUAUUUAGUCAUUCUUAAAAUUUAAAUUGUUUUGUUUACCAAAAAAAGUUAAAAAAUUAUUUUUUAAAAAGUUUUAAUUAAAAAAUCCAACUAAUUUAUUUUCACAUUUUUUUCUCUCUAUAUUUUUCUCUUUCUUCUCUGUUUCUUACAAAGUCUUAAAAAACUCAUAUUGUUCUCGCCUUUGUCUGGUUUCUUUCUCCAAAAAACAACGCUACCGGCGAGCAUAAUCUCGCCGGAAAAUUACCCUACGCUGGCCACAAUUUCAAUUUUCAGCUUCAAUUUCCGAUCUUUUAUUUAUUUUCUGAAUUCUUGAAGCCAGUGUUUGGGUCCUCAAAAACAAAAAAAAAACCUCAUUUUUUUGAUUUAUUCUUUUAUUGUUGUUCAAGCAAUGCAUAGAGAAAAGGUGAAGAUUGUGAUGAAUAGAGUCCAAAGAAGCUAACAAGUUUGAAACUUUUCAGCAAAACUUGUGAUUUAUUUUCUUCCAGAUUUUGUGCUGAAGGAUGCCUUUUGAAGUCAUGGAUCAGAGGGGUGUUUCUGACAUUUUUGAUGAUAUUUCCUAUCAUUCUGAGAGGAAUGUUGGAUUAAGGAAGCCAAAGUACAUGAAUGUCCAACACCCCCAAGGAAUGAAUGGAAUGGUAGCACCGCCUGGUAGCACUUUGAAUACUUCAUUGCCCUUUGAAGUAAAUGGAAAAUCUGGAUUUCCGAUGUCGCAAACUAAUCUAUCUGAGGAAAGUGUAGAAAAGCUACCUUUUGGCGCAGAACAUGGGAUUGCUGGUGUAUUGAAAGGUUCUAAUGAAUCCUUUCGUUAUAAUCCCCAAUCAUGGUCUGACGUGUUUAGGCAGUCAGCACCUACCUCGUAUCGUCUAGUUGGGAAUAAGCUUGUCGCGGUCGAUGCUGUUCCCCACGAAAGUAGUCUAUUCUCGAGCUCACUUUCUGAUAUGUUUAGCCAGAAAUUGAAUCUAUUGGCGAAUAAUCUUCUGUCCAAUCAGCAGACUACUGCCGGUUCCCUUCUGGAGGAAGAUCCGUAUAAAUCUCUUGAAGAGAUGGAGUCUGACUAUAUACAUAAUCUCCUUCCUGAUGAAGAUGACCUAUUUUCUGGUGUUGCUGAUGAUUUAGAAAACAAUUCUUAUGCUAGGAUUAAAGAUGACUCGGAAGAUUUGGAUUUGUUUAGUAGUGGCGGAGGCAUGGAGCUGGAAGGAGAUGAACGUUUAAGUUCGCUGAAAAGAACAAGUGGUUUGGAUGGAGAUAACAGUUUCUUUGGAGGUUCCAAAGGAAAAUUUCCUUUUGUUGAACAGCCUUCUAGGACACUUUUUGUUAGAAACAUUAAUAGCAGCGUUGAAGAUUUUGAGCUAAAGUCUCUAUUUGAGCAAUAUGGCGAUAUCCGAACCAUGUAUACAGCUUGCAAGCAUCGUGGGUUUGUGAUGAUUUCUUAUUUUGAUAUAAGGGCAGCACAGAAAGCCAUGCAAACACUACAAAGCAGGCCAUUGAGGUCUAGGAAACUAGACAUACAUUAUUCGAUUCCAAAGGUCAAUGCUCCAGAGAAGGAUAUUGGUCAUGGUACGCUGAUGUUAUCUGGGUUUGAUUCAUCUGUUUUGAAUGAUGAGCUUAUACAUUAUUUUGGAUUUUAUGGAGAAAUUAAAGAAAUCUAUGAAUAUCCCGGAAUGAAGCACCUCAAAUUUGUAGAAUUUUAUGACGUCCGAGCUGCAGAAGCUGCACUUCGGGCAUUGAACAGGGUUGAAAUUUCUGGCAACCAGAUUAAGCUUGAACCUGGUCAUCCUAGGUUCGCGAGAUGUCUGAUGCAACAGUCUUAUAAGGUGCAAGAUGAAAGAGAUCUUGGUCGUAGCAUUAUUGACAACUUACAAUUGAGACAAAAGCCAACAGUGACUUCUGGAGCAAUAGAUUCUGCCAGUUUGGAAAAUGGAUAUAACCAGAGAUUUCAAUCUGCAAUGCAGCAACAGCCUUUGAAUGGAUUUUUUGAUAAUUCAUUCUUUCAUGUCAACUCUGGCGUCAACAACACUGCGAUAGGGGCAUCUACCGGAAAAGUUUCUGGCGUUUCCGAGUCCAGUAACCCUGUCGAUGCAAUGAAGUUUGCAUCCAGUCCGACAACAUUUCAUCCUCAUUCUUUACCAGAGUAUCAUGGAAGUUUAACUAAUGGUAGUCCUUAUAACUUUUCUAGCACCAUUGGCAACAAGGCUGGUAACAUAGGCGCUGGAGUGACAGAAGCUGCUAACGGCAGGCAUAUUCAUGGAAUAAGCUCAACUGGGAACUUAGCAGAAUUCAAUGGAGGAGGAUCAUCCGGAAACGAGAUCCGCGCACAUCAUGGACUUAAUCAUAUAUGGAGCGGCUCCAAUUUGCAUCAGCAAUCGCCAUCAAGUAACAUGCUUUGGCAGAAAACGCCAUCGUCAUCAUUUGGUAAUGGUUCUCCAGGCCUGCCUCAAAUGUCAAGCUUUGCUAGAACACCUCCUCAUUUGCUGAGAACACAACAUUUGGAUCAUCAUGUUGGAUCAGCGCCGGUUGUUACAGCCUCUCCUUGGGAAAGGAAAAACUCUUACUUGGGAGAGUCUCCUGAUGCGUCUGGUUUUCACGUGAGUUCUCCUGGAAAUGGAGGUUUUCAUGGUUCUUGGCAAAUGCGUCCGAUGGACUUUUCUCCUCAUAACAACAUGUUUUCUCAUGUUGGUGGGAAUGGUACUGAACUCUCAUCCAGUGCUGGGCAGGGCUCGCCUAAUCCGUUGUCACAUAUUCUCUAUGGGAGACAACCUACGACUACAAUGUCGAAAUUUGAUCCUGCCAAUGAGCGAAUGAAAAACGGUAACGGUUAUAGUCGUAAGAGUGAAGCUAACACCAUGAGUAGUGCUGACAGAAAACAAUAUGAACUUGACCUGGGCCGCAUAAUGCGUGGAGAAGACACUAGAACAACACUUAUGAUAAAAAACAUUCCCAACAAGUAUACUUCAAAGAUGCUACUUGUUGCCAUAGAUGAGAAAUGUCGUGGAACUUAUGAUUUUCUGUAUUUACCAAUUGAUUUCAAGAAUAAAUGUAAUGUUGGAUAUGCGUUCAUAAAUAUGACUGAUCCUGCUCAAAUUAUUCCUUUGCACCAGGCUUUCCAUGGUAAAAAAUGGGAGAAGUUUAACAGUGAAAAAGUUGCAUCACUUGCAUAUGCUCGAAUUCAAGGAAGAACUUCUCUUAUUGCUCAUUUCCAGAAUUCAAGUCUGAUGAAUGAGGAUAAACGUUGCCGCCCUAUUCUCUUCCAGACAGAAGGCCCAAAUGCUGGCGAUAUGGAGCCUUUCCCCAUUGGAGCCAAUGUUAGAGUGAGACCUGGAAAAUCUCGCAAUGCUGGCUACGAGGAGAAUCGCAACCAAGCUCCUCCUUCAACUUUAACAAACGGAGAAGAGUCGUAUGCAAAUGGAAACUCCGACUGAAAUUGCAUGGAGGCAGGCACUAACUGUUCAAUAUUGCACCAUAUAUAAUAUGUCAUUGAUAUCGUCAACCCCCAUGUAUAUUGACAUGAGGAAAAGGGGCUCAGAAUUUUUUUGCCUUUAGGAGAGGAGCCUCACUCAAAGUUUUUCGCGGAAGGUGAGGUACAUAACCAACCAGAAUGAAGUUACUGUCCAGUAUUAUUUUGUUUAAAUUUUUGCAUGGCGUAACCGAGGCUCGAAAUUUUGGCAAGCUGUGAGCACAUUUUGUAGUUCACAUUCAUCGUGCGCGGUUCAAGAGUACUUGGCUGAUUUUGUUGUGCAUUAUUGUGUUGUUCAUAAUGUACUAUUUUUACUUGAUUCUGGAGUUUUUGUACUCUUCAAGGGUCAGUUUUUGUCCUUAGAUUUAAAAGUCAUUAUUGUUGAGGAUUAUAUUUUAAUUGCAACAUUUUUAGUUACUAUAUGUUAGAACUUUACUAUUUUGGAUUA